UUUGAUGUUGUAAACCAAAAGGCCUCUUCAAGCUGAACCGGCUUCCAAUCCGUCCCUCUUGCAGAAGAGAGAGAGAGAGAGAGAGAGAAUGAGCAGUUCAUCACUGUCGAUGAGGUUCGCCCUUGUUCUCUCCCUCUCUCUCGCAGCCUCUUACUCCUCGUCUUCCGCACGCAUUCACCAUCUAACAACCCCCAUCCCUUCAUCAUCAUCGGCAUCGUCGUCGUCGCCGCCAUUGUCGUCGUUUUCCAUCAAGCCUUGGUCAUCUUCUACCGCACCAAAAGCCUCUGCUUCGGACCUUAUCUCUCUUCUGGGAGCUGAAAAGCAAGCUUCGACCGUCAACCCCCUGGUCGCCAACGAGCUCAGAUCGUGCUUGAAAUUUCUCGUUCCUUUCUCUCCGAGUCAACUUGGCACCGGUAUCCAGGGCCGUUUGCUUGGCGCGAGUCGGAGAGAAGUGGACGAGCUCGUGUGGUGGCCCCCUCGGCCAGUGCUGGAGCUGGCUCGCCUUGCAGUUGAUUCAGGCGGCGAUCCGGGGGCUAUUCACCUAACCCUAGAUCCAACUGUGAUCCCUGUGCCUGAUGUUGAGGGAUCAAAGGAGAACAAAUGUGAGCUAACUAGAACUCCAUAUGGAAGGCGAUUCAUUAAUGAGGAGUUGAAUUCAUACAUUAAAUUUUUAUUUGAACUCAUUGCUGCCCGGGGUCCUAGUAUUGGGUUGAAUGUUUCACUGAGUCGUUAUGAUCUAUUUCAUGGUCACCUUUUCAUUGCAUCGGAUUCAAGAAGACUUGGCAUAUUGUUCCAUGCUAAGGAAUACCCGGCAUGCGAAAAAGAAAUAUUCCCAUACAAUAUGGGCUAUUGUCAAUUAGGAUCUACAGUGACAUAUGAUGAUUCAAUGAAUUUCCGUAACAUUCUCUGGCUGGCUCCAUUGCCUGGUGAUUCCACUGAACCUUGGGCGGCCCCUGGUGUUCUGGUGGUGCUGGAUGCACACCCUGGAGGAAUCAUAUAUAGAGAUCUCAUACCUGAAUACGUAAAAUACGUGAGAACCAUAUAUGAAGAUGAUUUUGGGGAAGUCGUGGUUGAUGUCAACUACUUAAAUGUAGGGGAUAAAACACCUGAUUAUCAGAUUUUCAUCUGUUGACACCUUUCUCAAGGUAGGCAGCAAUUCUCCCCAACCUCUCCCCACACCCCCCCCACGCCCCCGCCCCCGCCCCUUCAUCUGUUGACACCUUUCUCAAGGUAGGCAGCAAUUCUCCCCAAACUCUCCCCACACCACCCCCCCCCCCCCCCCAAAAAAAAAGCCCUAAUGUUUGAUUUAAUGAUGCUGAAUGAUGAUUUCCUGCAUUGCUAUCACGUUUUAUUCCAUAAAUUAUCAACUCAUUUUUCUGUCUAGUAUUAAUCAUAGGACGAGCUUAUGGACGAAUUAUGGAGCUAAGGAUAGCUUGAAAGCAAUCUGUAAGAAUAAUUAUAGGCAAUACUUGCAGAUAUAUUCUGCCCAGCAUGAUAUGGUUUUACAUUUUGGAUGGAAACUGAGGUGGUGGCUUGUGGUGUGGCAUGUGAAUGGACCGUGGCCCUGGUAAUGCCUCAUGGCCCUGCCCUUCUGCCGCUGACUUGUACACCUUUGUUAUUUUAAACUGCUCAACAAAAAUUUUGUUGUAGAUUACUGGUUGUACUCCCUGAAUUGCUGCUAGUAGCUGCGGCUAUGUAUGCUCAAGCAUUAGAUGGAAGAGUGUCUGGAGUUCAAUACUACCUUCUUUCUCCCAUCAGAUUUAUCGAUUCAUGUGUUGGGAUAACAUUCAAUGUGUUGCCGUUUUGUUUGUUCAUUUGGGAACGAACUUUAGUCUAUAGAUUUGAAUUUGUAUAAAUUUGAAAUAAAAUGUAAAAUUGUGUUAAAUUAUUUUUAAAUUUAUGACAAUACAAAUUUAAGUUCCCAA